CCUGCCUUCCCCCGGUUCCAACUGUUGUGCCGCCGCGGGAUUUGGUCUGAGCCUGGGCAGAGCCCCCCUUUAAGAGCAGCUCUCCAGAGUCUAUCACAGCAAGAGUCUGGUGGAAGUGAUUCUUGCCUUCGCGUCGCACACAAAGGCGAGGAGCUCUUUAAAGGGACCUUCCUGCUCCUGCGUGCAGCUGCUAACCCGUGUUGGUGCGGACACAAUGACCCGGGCUUCCGCCUGAAAAUGAGUGGGGAGGGGUCUUGAGGAGCCCCCACGACCUCCCGGAGUGGGGCAGGGAGGGAGCUGACAGCCGAAGUGGCUGGAGACCACCGGUCCCCAGGGAGCGGCUUGCGAUUAGCUGCUGCUUGGGAUGCUCAGCGCGCCAGUAGAGCAUCCUGCCUGUGGUCCAGAGGGUGCUGGCGGCGCAUCUUGCGGUGUGCCUGCGUGGAUUUGAGCCAUCGCCCAGAGGCGAGCCCGCAUUCAGGCACCGCGGACAGGCUCCUGGCAGGGCUGCAUUCAGUCAGCACAAAUGCUUAGCUCCAGGCGUCUGCCCAAGCCUCCCGACUACAUGGAUUUGGCUGUUUAAUCAACCGAGAUUACUGCCCGGGAAGAUUUGCCAGUCUGAUCCGCGCUCCAGCUGCUGUGACAACUUCAGGGCUAGCUGUUUACUUCUUUCGGUGCCUGGGACUCUGCCCUGCACCGCAGUCACUGCUGCCACUUUCCCUGGCUCUGAAGUCAGCUGCAAGGACUCCCCGGCCCCGAGGAAGGGGGAGCAAGGAGGGGUUAAAAGACAAGCAGACCCUCCCAACUGCUCGACCUCUCUUGACUGCUUGUGUUCCGGGGUUCUGAGAGGGACCGUGCACUGCCCGGGGAAGCAAUGCAAGUCUCCAUAGCCUGCACAGAGCAUAAUUUGAAGAGUCGGAAUGGCGAGGAGCGACUUCUGAGCAAGCAGAGCUCCACCGCCCCCAAUGUGGUGAACGCAGCCCGGGCCAAAUUCCGCACGGUCGCUAUCAUCGCACGCAGCCUGGGGACCUUCACCCCUCAGCAUCACAUCUCUCUCAAAGAGUCCACCGCAAAGCAGACUGGCAUGAAAUAUAGGAAUCUUGGAAAAUCAGGACUCAGAGUUUCUUGCUUGGGUCUUGGAACAUGGGUGACAUUUGGAGGUCAAAUUUCAGAUGAGGUUGCUGAACGGCUGAUGACAAUUGCCUACGAGAGUGGAGUGAAUCUCUUUGAUACGGCUGAGGUCUACGCCGCUGGAAAGGCGGAAGUGAUUCUGGGGAGCAUUAUCAAGAAGAAAGGCUGGAGGAGGUCCAGCCUGGUCAUAACAACCAAACUCUACUGGGGUGGAAAAGCUGAGACGGAAAGAGGCUUGUCAAGAAAACAUAUUAUUGAAGGACUGAAGGGCUCCCUCCAGAGGCUGCAGCUCGAGUAUGUGGAUGUAGUCUUCGCAAAUCGACCAGACAGUAACACCCCCAUGGAAGAAAUCGUUCGAGCCAUGACACAUGUGAUAAACCAAGGAAUGGCAAUGUACUGGGGAACCUCCCGCUGGAGCGCCAUGGAGAUCAUGGAAGCCUACUCUGUAGCAAGACAAUUCAACAUGAUCCCACCAGUCUGUGAACAAGCUGAGUACCAUCUUUUCCAGAGAGAGAAAGUGGAGGUUCAGCUGCCAGAGCUCUACCAUAAAAUAGGCGUCGGAGCGAUGACAUGGUCUCCACUGGCCUGUGGCAUCAUCUCAGGAAAAUAUGGAAAUGGGGUGCCUGAAAGUUCCAGGGCUUCACUGAAGUGCUACCAGUGGUUGAAGGAAAGGAUUGUGAGUGAAGAAGGGAGAAAACAGCAAAACAAGCUGAAAGACCUUUCCCCGAUUGCGGAGCGUCUGGGAUGCACGCUACCUCAGCUAGCCGUGGCGUGGUGCCUGAGAAACGAGGGUGUGAGUUCCGUGCUCCUGGGAUCAUCCACUCCUGAACAACUCAUUGAAAACCUCGGUGCCAUUCAGGUUCUCCCAAAGAUGACAUCACACGUGGUAAAUGAGAUCGAUAACAUAUUGCGCAACAAGCCCUACAGCAAAAAGGACUAUAGAUCAUAAGGCAGUGCAUGAGCCGCAGAAGCUGCAUGGGUAAAGCAGCAGUCUAUACAGGUACAGAACGGUGUUACUAGCCGGUGUUCUGAAUCACUUAGCAGCCCACUGCUCAACCUCUAGUUUCCCCGGAUUCUGAGGUUUCUGCUGUCGCUACCACUGUGCACCUGAAUUAUGAACACAUCUGAAAACUCACAACCAGGAAAAUCCAUUCUAUUUUCUUAUCUGGGACUGCAGUCACCUGUUCUUACAUUGCUCUGUACAUCUCAUGUUUAUGCAAAGGAAAGCAUGUGGCGGGGGAAAGACAUACUACCUUCAGGCAUUUAGUAACUUAAAGAAGGUUGUACAGAUAUAUUUUUUCAAAUGAACAACAUCCACAGAUGCAAUGUGGAUUGCAUCAGAAAGAGUAGGCUCUGUUCACUCCGAAGUCUUGCUUGAAAAAUCAGCUGAAACAAUUUUACAUUUUUUUUUCUAUUUUCACAUUCAUGUUAGCAAGAGUUGUUUUCACUUGUCAUUCAACAGAAGUGAAAUGCCUAGGUAUUUGCUUUCGUUACUUUUUAAAUAUUUAGUGUUGCUUGGCCUCAAAAAUGGCCCUGUAUAGCAAUUCCUCCAAGGUGGUCUAUUAGGAUUCUAAUGUUAUGUCCAUUUGCAUGGAGAGAUGGUAAAAGGAUGAAGACCCUAGUCUUUAACCAGAGACAGUCUGGUUAACCUAUGAAAGGGAGAAUUACACUACUAUGGAAGCCUAGCUUUGAAUAAAAUGUAUCUGCAAUGAAGUGUUCAUUUUUACCUACAUUUUCCUAAAACCUGCUUUAUACUUUUGACUGCUUGUAGGCACAGCUUCUGCAAGUUUAAAUAUUUGAGCUUUAAAAAUAAAUAUACACAUGCUCAGUUUUGUAAGUAAAUCUGUAAAAUACCCAGAAAGGCAAAUGUUUGCUGUUUAAUUAGCACUGGGAUUUUACAUGCUUGGUGUUUUUGAGAAGUUAUUAACAUGAAAGUGAAUCAUGGGCUUUGAGAAAAAUGCUGUCACUACUCAGCAUAUGCUGGGUGAAGCAACUUGCCCAAAGAAAAGUAAAUGUUAAAGAACUUCCUAAUUCCAUAAUCACACUGUGUGCAUUAAACUAUAUGCAUGAAAGUUCUUUGCAUGGAUUAAUGGGGCCUAGCCUUGUGGCACGCAGAAGCUGAGGUAUAUCCCGCCCUGCCACUACUUGGCUACCUACUCUCAUGAAUAUAUGACUUGAGAAAAACUGACAGUAUACUGCGUGUACCUGUAAGGAGGGAGAUAACUUUUUUCCCCACUUUUAAGGUGUAUGUAGAGGGGGGAGGGUCCUCUAUCUCUAUUUGGACACCUGAGCAUGUACGAAAUUCUAAUUUAAUUUUCUGGCCAACAGGACCCCAUGUAGAAACCACUGAGACUUACAGAAGAAAUGUACUAUCAGCUUAAAAUGCUAUUUUCUGCCAUCAUUUCCAGAUAUGUAUUUCAUGAUUAAGUUCUCAAACUUAAAAUGUUAGUGUGACGUACCAACAAAUUUUCUUUUUGAUUACUAUUACCUGUAUUCUAAUAGGGAAACAGUGCGUUUUUUACCCAAGAGUAUCAGAUUAAUGAUGGAAAUGGAUCAUUUUUCAGUUGUUCAUUGUGCAUUCUAUCAAUCCAGUAUGCAUAAAUGAGCUGAAGUUGUCUAAUUGGAACUGCAGUUUAUUUGCUUAGAGUAAUAAAAGCAUUUGUGCAUUUAAUCUCACAAUUAGUUUUUAUCUGAUCUAUCAUUAUAAGGCUAUAUAUAUAUCAU